CAUCAAUGCAAGGGCGAAUCUAAGUCUAGUGUGCUGGAUGUCCUUACUCUGGCAACUGUCCACAAUAUUUACUGUCAUGGGAAAUAGGUUAAAAUCAUAUACCUCACUUGGAUUUAUGUUAUGUAUUGUUAAUGUGAUUUUGAUAACACUGUUACAUAUCACAUUUUCAGUUUCUUUAGAGGAAUAUGACGAAAUGGCGUAUGCUAUCCCUACAGAAAACAUUGAUAUUGAUUUGUUUCUGAAAUCACAUUCAUCAUAUAAUAAAUACACCACUUCCCAGAAGAAUUUGAAUGCAACUGUUUUAGCAUAUGUAACGCCUUGGAAUAAAUUAGGAUACGAAGUAGCAAAAAUAUUCGGUGCUAAAUUCAAUCUUAUUGCUCCUGUGUGGUUUGAAGUCCAAAGUGAAAAAAAGGCAUAUACAGUUACUGGGAUCCCUGAAAUUAACACUGAAUGGCUUGGUGAGAUUCGCACUGUGAAUCCUGACGUAAAGAUAGUACCUCGAUUUUCCUUCAGUCCAUGGGAAAAUCGAGAUUAUGCCGCAACUUUAAAAGAUGUUUCUAAAACAGAUAAAUGUAUUCGAAAUGUGAUCAAUAUUUUAAAGAAAUAUAAUUUCGAUGGUGCAGUCAUAGAAAUAUGGGCACAGUUCUCUGGUGUAGAAUUACAAUCACUAAUAGAUUUUAUAGUACGACUUUCUGAUAAUUUACAUUCGAACGGCAAGCUUUUUGUACUCGUUAUUCCACCUCCUGUUUACUAUGAAGGCAUAGAAGGAAGAUUUAAAGAAGAAGACUUUAAAGUGUUGGCCGAUCAUGUUGAUUAUUUUAGCUUAAUGACUUACGACUAUUCUUCACCUCAUAGGUCGUACAUUUAGUGAUAAUUUUUAAACUAUGGUGUACACGACUCUAUUUUGGUUGUGUAAUUAUUCUUGCGCUUCCUUUCUCUGAAAACCAUAUAACAGACCUGGGCCUAAUAGUCCUUUGAGUUGGGUAGAAGAAUGCAUUAAUCGUUUGGUUCCAAAGAGUUCUUUAAACCAGGCAAAAUUGCGUAAACAAAUUUUAGUUGGUUUAAACUUUUAUGGAAUCGAUUACUUGCCUAAAAAAUUAAUCGGUGAACCUAUUAGAGGCAAUGAUGUUAUUGAAAUAGUUGAGAAGUAUCGACCGAACUUUAAAUGGGAUAAACAAUGGGCUGAACAUAGCUUCUCUUACAAGGAUAAAAAAUCACAGGUUCACUUGGCUUUCUAUCCUACCUUGAUGUCGAUAGCUCAACGUCUACAAACUAUACUAUCCAGAGGUACUGGUGUUUCUAUCUGGGAGAUAGGACAAGGACUAAAUAGUUUUUAUUCACUAUUCUAAUGUAAAAUUUUACAUAUCGUCAUGGUAUGUAUGUGCACUUUUUUAUCUUUUGGAAAUAUAUUUUCAUACAUCGA